AUGGUGUGUGAAUUCUCGUGUAUCUGAUGCGUGUGGUUGUCAGAUCCGCGAGGCCAAAGCGAGAAUGCUCGGCCACUUUCUCUCCUUGGUGCCGUCGUCUGUCUGUCCGUCUGUCUGUCUGUCUGUCUGUCUGUCUGUUUGUCUGUGUGUUGUGCUCAGGUCUACGUUGAGAUGGAUGAGGAGCUCCGCCAGAUUGACGACGACUUCGACAAGGUGGAGCACUCAUAUGAUAUGCACUCAGGACAUACCUGUCUUUAUCUGUCUUUGUCUGUCUUUGUCACCUUCUCGCCCCCCACCCCACGGUGCCCACCCCACACUCCAUCCGCUGCAGGUGGAUCGCCACUGUGGGAGGCCCGUCCAGCCGACCCCUCCUACUGCGGCACCCGUUACGGCACCACCGGCCCACCUCAGCGAAGAGACGCCGCUCACUGGAACGCUGAGGUGAGCAACCAGCCACGAGGCACGCCUGAGGUGUGGGUGGCUCUACCACUUGUAGUGUUAGUUCCUUUCGACGUUUGUUUCAUUUCAACGAGAGCUCAACUCUAGCCAUGGCCACAUUGAGUGGACAGGCGAGCGGCAGCAACGGCAAUGCGAGUGCAGCAGGAGCACCCACCACCACCACCGAAGGUGCGCGAACGCCCGAUGCACAAGAGAAAGAGUCGGGGUGGCAGGCAGUGAGAAGGAGGCAGUUGCAUUUGCACGGAAGAGAGAGCAAAGGACACCACAGCAGCCUUGCGAGUCGGCUGCAAAGAUGGAUGGUUCUCUCCAUCGGUAACUUCUGUCUAUGCGUAUCUAUCGGUCUGCUGUGCUGUCUGUCUGUGUCUGUGCAGGCCAGUCAGCGGCUGCGGCUGCGGCACCCGCACCCAGCAGCAACGGGCACGACGUCAAGACUUUGGCUCACACUGCUUCAGCGGGCCAAGCGGGACCGGAAGUACUCCCUCGCGACAGCCGUCCUCAAGACGGGCGACCCUCCCCUGCAGACGGCCGUUUUCCACGAGCUCGUCAACUACGUGCGCGACCCUCGGACGGCUCUACGGCCCGAGGUCACCGUUGAGAUGACCUUUGCACUGAGGUGCCUCCAACUCGACUACGAGCGCUUCAGGCCCACCUUUGAGGCAACCGGUGAGAACCCUCUCGCUCAGCCGGUCAAGGCAGCGAUCGCAGCGGUCUGGAAGGACGGGGAGUGA